UUUUCGAUAAAGAUUAAAGAAGGCCGGAAUAUCAUUUGCAUGUGUUAAAAACAGAAACGGUAAUCUAAGCAAAUAAUAUAAUUUUAGCCGUUGUUUCAAAAUAAGACGUAGACCUAAUUUACAACCGCCACGCAAAACCACAACGGACUUAGUCUUAGUCCUUAGUCUUAGGCUUAGUUAGAGUUAGACUUAUAAUAACUUAGACUUAGUAAUACGUAGUUAGUUGGCCUAGGCCUAGGCCAGUGGUCGGCAAACUCAUUAGUCAAAAGAGCCAAAAAUCAGGAUGAUUAAAACUUUUGGCUAAUUGGAGAGAUAGCACCCUGACGUCAUAGUCAUAGUCACCCUGGUUCGGAUAGGGUCAAAACCCUGGUUCCCUUUAAUGAUAAUGUUAAUGAUAUUGAUACUAUCACUGAUAGGGUCCAAGCCCAGGUUAGGGAUAAGUUUAGGGUUCAGGUUAGGUUUAGGGAUAGAUUUAGAUGAUUUAGGUUUCAGGUUAGGUUUUCAAGAACCAUGUUUUUUGGAGUCAAAACCGAUUUGUGACCGACUGGCCAAGCCACACGUGGCUCACGAGCCGCAAUUUCCCAACACUGGCCUAGGCCAAGGCUCACUUAGCCAAGUAAGAACGAGUAAGAUGAGGGUCUAUGCUUUAAGUUAGAACUUAUUAUUAUGCUGAAAAUUGACUAUAUAAGGCAAAGCAAUGAUACCCUCAGUAAAAUAAAAAUAGGAGGUCUGUGUAACGUAAUUUGGUGUUUCCGGGAGAUAGGGAAGUGCCUACACUUAGGGCUAGGUGACAAGGGCUGAGGCCUAAGCGUAGGCCUCAAUAGAACUUGUCUUAAUUUAGGGUCUUAGGUCUAAAAGUAAAAGUGUCUUCUUACUUAUGGCUUAUGGUUUGAGUGAGGAAAGUUAGAAGAGAUGACUUAUAAUUACUAAUUAAUAAUAAUAAGUUAAAGUAGUAGUAUUAGUAGCCUAAUCCACUAAAUGAAAGAGCUUAGAUUUAGGAUGACAGAUGCCUUUGAUAUUAUUAAUUAAGCUUUAAAUUUAUAUUAUAUUAUUUUGGGCAAGCGGUCAUCUAACAUUCUUACAACAUGUCACACCAAACAAAGCUGGGACUGCAUUAAAAUGAUAAAGAUACUGCAGAGUUAGUGUGUGAGUACCUUGGCACCUGAGUUCCUGUCUUACCAUAUUUUGUUGGGGAUUUUCCUGAGGCUUGUCGUUUGAAAGUGGUUCAACUUUCUUGCCAGGCAUUGAUGAACCACAAAAAGUAAUUUUUAGUAAUUGUCCUUUAUUCAACGUUCUGUGAGAGUAAUUAUAGUAGGAGUGUGCAACUGCAAUAAAACUUUAAAACAGAUUAAUAAGACACAAACAUUUUUUGUCAAUAUGACAAUAUAUGUUAAGCUUUAAUAAUAAUUUUACAUAAUACACAAGUAUUCAAAUCACUUCCUUUCCAUUCUUUUUUACUUUGUUUCUGUCUGGUUUAUGCACCCACUCCUAUUUGUAUCUUUUUUUAGGUAGGGUAUAAUAUGUAUAAAUAUGUUAUUUAAAUUUAAUUUGUACAUAAUAUUUAAAUGUUUUGUUGUUAUACUGAUGAAUGCACGUGCCGAAAAGUUUUUCGUGCUUAUUACGUAAAAUUAUUAUUAAAGCUUAACAUAUAUUGUUAUAUUGACACAAAUCAUUCAUGUCUUAUUAAUCUUCUGUGAGAGUUGUGUCUCUAAAAACAUCCUCAGUCAAGUGAUAAACGUGUUAUAAGGGAUGAUUUUUCAAGGCAUUAAGUAUGAGGCUUAUAUUUGAAAGACAAGACCUUAACAAUUGUCAAAACUGAUUACUUGAGUAUUAAUUAUACUUGAUCUAAGUUUCAAAAAAGUAUAUUUACAAGAUUUCUUCUGAUUAGUCAUUUUGCAUGAAAUCAUUCAUUGUAAACAAGAAGAUUCUCAAUUAAGCUCAUUAUUUAUUUGUAGGCCUUCUCGAAAAUUUGACAAUGAAAGUUCUGUUGUAUGUGUCUUUUAUUUAGUAUCAAUGAACUAAAGAAAAUAGAAAUUUAAUUAAGGCCGUUAAAGAUAUUAGUAUUAGUUGAUGUAAUUACAAAAAAUAUAUUUUCAGGUAGAUAUGACAAGAAGAGGACGAUUGUUCUAAAAAGUUUACAAUAGAUAAGGAUAUGGAUGAUGAAAAUUUUAAAUUUAAAUACAGAGGGAAAACAAAAGAGUGGAAAAUAAUCUAUAGAACAGACACAUCACCUGAAAGUGCUAGCAAUAGCUUACAUUCAUCCAAAGCUGAUGCAAAUGAAAAUUUAUUUGUCCUUGACAAUUCUAAUGGAUUGAAAAAUGAAAAGGAGAAAAAUGUAGGCAUACCGAAGGGUCCAGCAUCUUUAGGAUGUCUUUUAUCAGCGACAUCUGUCCCUGAAAAGCCAUUCACAGAAAUCAAUUCAAUUGAAAGGGACAUUGUUGAAAUGUUGCCUGAAAGGGGAAUUAAUAAUUCUAAUGAAAAACUACACAGACAAAUUAGACAAAUAAAUACUUUGAACAUGAAUUUGAAUAAAGAAAGUGACCAUUUCAUAAGUCAGGUAACUACUAAAUGCAAAUAUUUUCUACCAUCUAAUUUUAAGUUUAUUUGUAAGCAUAUUUUAAUAAUUAACAUGUGUAAAUUAACUUAGUCCACAAAGCAUAGUUUUUAUUUAAAUAUUUGGAAAUUAUUUAAUGGGAAGUUCUGUGUUUUGAAUCACUGUCAAUUGUUUUAAAUAUACCAUUUCAUUUUUUCUUCUUUUCAGGAUGAAACUGCUUCAUUCAUUAAAAGCAACAUUUUCCAGAGAGAUUGCAAAUUAAUAAUAGAGGAAGAGUAAGGAAAUGCUGUUGUUGUCACAAAAUACAGUUAUCUCAGUAUUUUUUACAACUUUUUGAAAUAAAUUGUGUAGCGUACUUUUUUAUUCAUAUAUUUGUCCACUCUAAAUAACAAAAUGAAAGAAACAGUUAACUAGAGACUUAAGUCCAUAGAGUUUUUAAUCAAGCAAUUGUGAUUGGUGGGACCAGAAUUCUUCUUUCAUGGUUUUGAAAUUCCCACAUUCCUGUAAGAUAUGAGUUUAACUUUUCAAAUUUUGAAUUUGUGGAAAAAUGGAAUUUGUGCAGUUGUUGCUUCAGCCAAGCUUGAAAAACUACACUCCCAUCAUGUUCCCUUCUUGAAAGUUGUUGCAUUUGUCAUCUUUGUUGUGGUCUCUGGUGUCUCUUGGCUAUUCUUGCCUCUUGACUUACAAAAUGCUCAUAAUGGCUUCUUUAAAGAUUUUCCUUUUGUCAUUUCCAAGGAAGUAGCCACCUUCCUUUACCAUUAUCUUAACUUCCUAAUUACUUUCAACGUGACUGUCACAUCUUUUAAAUGAAAUAACUAAGCGAUGCCCAGGUCAAUCUCAUUUCCAUCUGUUGUAUAUGAAAAGCUACUGUUAGUGUUAUCUCAUAUCUUAAGUUACUCUUAUAAUCAUAUAAUAAUUAUUAUUUGUAGAACAAAAGACAUAUGUCAAUGUGGCAGAUCAGUAAAAGAGCAUAGUAAAAGUGUGCAAAUGGGAGUUGGAGCAGUCAAAUGGGAUAAAGAGCAACACACAAUAAAGAAACCAUGUGAUUCAUUUGGUCAAAUACAAUUCAGUGGUUUUGGCAGCAGUAUGACCACACCUCUGGUAAGUAAAGAAAUUACAGUAACAUUUAAAAAAAACAGCAUUAUGUUCAUAUUUUCAAUUAUUUUCAAUAAAUGCAAAUACAUUUUCAGAAGAAGAAAAAAUAUUUUGAGCAUUUAAAAAAAAAAAAAAUCUGUUCAUUUUAUCAAAGUCAAGUAAUGCUCAGUAGUAAAUACACUAUUUCACAAUUUUUAAUCAUAAGGAAACAUGUAAGUUGUUUUGAUUUUUUAAAUAUAGUAUGCAAGAAUAUGCCAUAAAACAGAACGUCUUGUUGUUUGGGAACUGAUGAUCCAAUACUGGAAAAUGCCACCACCAAGGCUUCUCAUAUCUGUUACUGGCGGGGCUCAAAAAUUUGAAUUGAAGCCAAGACUUAGCUCACUUCUCAAGCAAGGACUUGUAGGAUCAGCUGUUAACACAGGUAAGUAUCAAAAGCAAUAUAUUUAGUUGUAUUAACCAGUUAUAAAUCCGGUAGAUCCAUAUCAUUUAAAAAAAAAAAAAUCAGCCUAGUGCCUAGUUAUUUAGAAAAGGAUUAAACUUAUAAUUUCCCAAACUUUUAAGUUUGGCAGACUGGUGGAAAAGUCUCAAAAUAGCAACAGGGUCAGGUGGAAGAUUUAUUAUUUCUAUUGUCAUUUUAUUUGUUGUGUUGACUGGGAACGUAAGGCUCGCAUACUGGUGCUGGUCCACAGACAGUCAUUUAGGGAACACUGAUUUAGAGAAUGAAGUAAACUUCUCUUUAAAGUAUAAAUGUGUUUUUUAAUAUCUAGGAAUAAUAUAAUUAGAUAUGUAAAGACAUUUAGAGAAUAAAAAAAGUUCUUGAUAAAUACAUUUUCAUACACAUUUAUUUAGGUGCCUGGAUCAUAACAGGGGGGACCAAAUCUGGUGUGAUGGAGUUUGUUGGUGAAGCAGUAAAGGAUCACAUGACAAUACAUGGCAGCAGCACUGAUGAUGAAUGCGUGGCCCUAGGCAUAGUCUCAUGGGGAGCUGUGGGGAGUAAAAAGGCAUUGGAUGGAAGUGGGGUAACUAAAUGAAAUGUUACAUUUCAUUGAUAUUUGGUACAAAUUUUACAUUGAAUUCAUUUGGGAUAAAUAUGCUACAUUAGAAAAAGAUACUGGCAAUAUGUUACAUUUGAUGGAUAUUUCAUAAAAAUGUAACAAUGAAGCAGAUGUGAAUUUAUUAUAUUUUAUUGAAAUUGGGUAAGUUUGUUUGAGCUAAUGUAUAUGUAUAUUUAAAACAAUUUUUAAUUAUUUUUAUUUUUUAAACACAACCUAAAUUUAAAUCUACUAUUUUUUUAGGUUAUCAUUUUCAUCACAAUAUGGUUACAUUGCAAACAAUAUAUUUUCAUUUAUAAUAAUAGACAAAUUGAUUUUUACAUUAAAUCAGAAUAAUUUCUAAAGGUAUAUUUAUAUAUUUCCUAGUUAUUUGCUUUUGUUAAAUUGGAGGGCCGGGUUUCUCUCUUUCUACAUUCCUAAUAACAGCUGAGCUUUCUAAGUGUACUUAACUUAAAUGGAUUAUGCUUUAAAGAUUCUUUACUGGAAGGAUUCAAACCUUUAUGCAAGAUAGAAAACGUGUAGAAACAUCUUAGGGAUGGAUACCAUGAGGUGCUGGGGAAAAUAAUCUGGAUCACUGUGUUGAUUGCUCAAUGAAUAAUUAAUAAUUGAUACAAGACUUAUGGUAAUUGUUACUGGAUUACUGCACUAAUAAAGAUCAAUACUCGGAGGUCGAGAUUCUAUCUCUUAUGACCUUUGGCCGUGAAACAUAGCCCAGUAGUCCCUGGGGACUCCGGCCAUGCAACUCGGCCUUGAGUAACGGGGUUUAGGGCAGGUUUCUUCCACUCAUGAGAGGACAGUUUUGCGUCACAGCCCCCCUUGCCCAUUGAGUCUUACGGCCGGGACAUAGGGUUGGAACAGCUUUGCUUCCUCUCCGGAGAUGGCGUUGCGUUGCAACCCCCACUGCCCAGGGAGCUGUACAAGGAUAACUGCACUAUAAUUUACUUUAAAUACAGUUCAACACUAAUGGUUAUCAAUGUGUGGAUAUUUAAGGAAAUAUUUCAUCUUUCUUGUCAAAAGAUGCAGAAAAAUGGAUUUUGGCCUGCAACUUAUGACAAUGAAGAGUUACAAGAAAAACGGGCCCACCUUGACCCCAACCACACCCAUUUCCUCCUUGUUGAUGAUGGCACAGAGGGCAAGUUUGGGAUUGAGAUUGAGUUCCGUUCAGCUCUAGAGAAAUUUAUAUCUGACAUUGAAUCAGAUGGUAAUCUGUUUUUGGUUAGCCUGUUGAUAUUAAUAAUUCAAAUAAUUAUUGAUCUAUUUAAGUGUUUAAUAAAUUUAUUUAUUCAAAAUAAUUGUAUGAUGUGUGAAUAUGGUCUGGAACUCUAAUAGAAUUUUUUUAAAUUACUUUACUCAAACAAAAACAUCUGAAGAAAUUAAUUUGUUUCACAAAUAUUAUUAUAGGCCUAUAUAUUUAUCCUUAAGAUUUAUUUUAUUUUAAAUUAAAACUACAAUUACUGUUAAUUGUAAAAUUUUACCUAGGUAUAAAAAUUCCAGUUGUACUGGUUGUUGUUGAAGGCGGACCUGGCACCAUGGAGACAGUACAAAAAUCUUUAGAGAAAGGAACUCCAGCAGUCAUUGUAAAGGGAUCUGGCAGAGCAGCUGAUUUUUUGGCAUAUGCCUAUGAAGAGGCAAUGAAAAGUUGUUAUAGGUAUAAAGAAUUUUGAACAUCUUUGAUCAUGUUUCAAUGGCUUAUAUGUCUUUCUCAGUUUUAUUUUUAUACCUCAAUUUUAUUUGUAUUUUUCUGCAGGAAUAAUAAAUUAACUUAUACUGAUGACUUUGAUAAGAAAAUUGAAGAACAAGUAAAAAAAGCCUUUGAGAAGGCAAAAGAACAAAUUUCUGUUGUGAACAUAGUGAAAAAGUGUCUUGAAAAACACAAUUUGGUAAGUUUUUUUUUUAAUCAUUCAAAAAAAUAUAAUAAAAUAACAUAAAAAAUUUGAAAUGUUUGAAAACAUUUUAGAAAUUAACAACAAAAAGAUUGUUUAAAAAUUAUUUUUUUUUAAUAUUAGGUACCGUAGCCUAGUAUUGAGAGAAGAUUUUUAUAAACUGGAAAAUAUAUUUUAUGUUAAAAAAAUUAUAAAAAAUAUAUGCUGAUUUACCUUUGUUUAGAAUUAUAUUUUGGAAAUUAUAAACAAUAAGACAUUCUCAUUUUUAUAAUAUGGAUUCUUCUUAAUUGCACUACCUUUGAGUUGUAAUAAAAAAUUUAAUAAGGAUGAUUCAGAAAUAUUAGUAAGAUUUUUUGGUUGAUUUUGAUUACAUUUUCAUUAAUUGGGUUCUAUCUUUGUUGAAAGUUAGUGAAACAAGGGCAUUCAGAGUUAGUUACUAUGCAAUUAAUUUCUAACUGAGAAAUAUCAGAUGAUAAUAAUAAUAAAUGUAGCACUAGAAUAACACCUCUUAAACAAAAAAAAAUAAAUUUUUGUUACAAUGCUUAAUUUUAACAGGAUAUUUUUAUUAAAAAAAUAUUUUUUACUAUGUUUGAGCACAUAUUUUGUAACUCCAUAAAUGUUUACUCUUUUAAAAAAACUAUUAUUAUUGAUUACUUUUCAUAUGAGACUUCUAUUGAUUUGACUUGUGUUUUAAUGGAGCAAAAAUGCAUUUUUCCUUAAGUGUCUCAAUAUGUUUUACAUAGGCCUACCUAUUCUUUAUUACAUACUGGCUAAGUUUUAGGACAUAUUGUAACAGCUGUUAAAAAUUAAAUAACUGCAUUGAGAUUUUAUUAAUUAUUUUUAAAAGCUAAUUUAAAGACAAGAGAACUAGUUAAAUGUUUCCCUUGAAUUGUCAUCCAGAUAAGUGUUUUUGAUUUGGAGAAGUCUGAAUCAGUGAAAGAUAUUGACAGGGAAAUUUUGUGUGCCUUGUUGAAAGGUAAGAUUGAAUCAUAUAAUAAAUAGUUUAUACUGUAACUGUAUAAUCAGGAUUAUACUGCCUCAUGACUUUUUAUUAUACCUGAGACUAAUACUAUUGUCUAAUACUGUAUUCAGCCUAUUCAAUUAUAUUUUAAAAUUUUAGCUAAGACAAUCAUUUAUAUUAUUAUUGUAUUAUUAAGUAAAAUUAUGAAUAUAUUAAACAUUAAAAAUCAUAUAAAAGUUUGUUGAAUGUGUUCACAUAAAUUAAUUAGACUAAUAAAAGUUAUCAAAUAAUAAAUAAAUAUUGAAUAACUCAUAAUAGGGAAUGUGUGUUUUUUUUUCAUAAUAAUAAAAAUUUUGUAUACAACAAUUAUUUAUAAAAAACUUUGUCAGCCAACAAGUCAGACUGCAAAUCACAACUUAAUCUUGCACUGGCUUGGAACAGAUGUGACAUUGCAAGACAACAAAUAUUCACUUCAGAGAAUAGAAAAAAAUUAAAGGUAUAAAAUUCUACCUUUCAUCUAUUUUUUAUUAUACAAUGAAAGCUCUUGUCUUUUUCUUAGUCACUGUACAACCAUCAAAGUAGGUGUACAUUUAUUUAUAUCAACAGGAAAUAAAAAUGCUAAAAUCAUAAGCAAAAUUAGUGUGCCUGUUAAUAUUUUGUUUUGACAUAACCUAGGUAAUAUUUUAAAAAAUUAAUUAUAAAUUCCAACAUUUUUUUAUAUGAUUUAUUCUGUUUAUCUAUUUAAUUUAGGAUCAAUUAGGGGACUUACAUGAAGAAAUGUUUACUGCACUGGUACAAGACAAAACAGACUUUGUUCAACUGUUUUUGGACAAUGGUGUGGAUAUCAAAAAAUUUCUAAAAAUUAAAACUUUGUGGAAACUCUAUUUCGAAGUAAGUAAAAUGGGCGAUCUUUUUCAUUUCCUUUGGGUGAAAAGCAAAAAUCUCCCUAAAUUGUGCUGGAAAAUUUUCAGUUUUUUUUUUUUCUUAGAGAAGCCUUCACAUGAAGAGCUGUUUACCUUAUUUAUAGUCUACUUGUCUACUUUGUGAUAUACUGUAAGCAAAUAAUUUAUUUUUAUCUGAAAUUUGUUUGCAUAUUUUUGUUUGCAGUGUCUUGAAUCAGAUGUGAGUGAAGCAUCAAUUCUUAAGAACUUAACUGCUUAUGAAGAGGUAAUGAAUAAAUCAUGAUGUAUCCAUUUGCAUUUCACAAUAACACCAGAGUCUUAUUAGUAUUAUUUUACGCAAGAAUUGUACGGAAAUAAAAAUGUUUAUUAUUGUCGAUUAGGUAUUUGUUCAAUUUCGAUGCUAUAUUUUGAUAAAUUUUUCCACGUUUAUUUAAUUAAAAUGAAACCAGAUAAAUAUUUGGGUUGAGGGGUAACUGACUUAGGAAAAAGUACUCAAAAAAAAAACUUAAGUCAACCACUUGCUUUUUAUUUCUUUUUAAAAAAAUAAUCUUUUUAAAUGUUUGUGAGAAAUCUAUUUUUGCAAUUUUAAUUUAUUUGUGACACAUAUUAUAUAGCUCUACUCAAGAGUUGGAAGCCUAAUUCAUAUCUGCAGAAACACAAAAAUCAUGUGGUUGUGGAAAAUGAAGAAUAUUAUACUGACAUGUAGAAAAUACAUUUUUAAUUGCCAACAGUGCUUUCUCUAAGCAAAUAGAAAGGGACAAAGCAGUAGAGACUUAUCUAUGAUGUUUAAUGAAUUUGUGUAGUUUAUUGAGUGAUCUUACUUUGUAAUAUUUAAUACAGCAAAGCUGGCUUUCAUACUUCACAUGCCAGUCUUAUGAUGAUGAUAAGACAAAAGUGUCUGUUUUAUUGCAAAGUAUAAAUAAAGUCAUUAUUCGCCUGCUCGAUGAUGAAUCUUUUGAUUUUUAUGCAGGUAAACCUUUGACUAUUUUUAUUUUUAUAACUAAAAAAUAUUUUAUUCUUUAAUAAUAUGAAAAAAAAUUUUUUUUCUAAAAUUGAUAGAGGAUAAACUUUUAUUCUUGAAAAUGUGAUAAAAUAAGCUAAGUGAGGAAAAUGAUAUUUAAAACCCCAUCUUAGUAAUUAGAAUCAGAGGAAUAAAAUUAAUAAAUUUUAGUUAAAAUAUAAUCAGAUGGACCAUAUGCUUUGAGAAAAGGCCAUAUUUCUUUUUUAAUAAGUUUUUGCUGAUAAAAUCAAAAUAUUUAAAAAAAAAAUUUUUAUGUUCCAGACAAGAAAUAUUUGGUGGAAAGUGAGGAACAGAAGGGGUCUGAAAAUGAGGCAUCACUAAAUGUAAAACCAUGUAAGUAUAAAAUUUAUUUAUGAUACAGAAAAUGGGGGAGGCACCAUCUUAUUAAUGAGUCACAUUACAUUUUUAACAUAAUAUUUUUGGAGAACAAAUAAGUUAUUUAUAUGUCUUUGUGCAGACUGCAAUAAUUGAGCUCUCAAAACUGACAAACAGAAAAAAAUCAAUAAAAUUAAACUUCUUUAAAGAUAAUUUUAUCAUCUACCUUAUUGUCACCUUACUAAUGAGCAAAUUAAACAUAAAUUAUUUAUGAAUAAGGGUUAAACAUAAAAAAAUAAUUUUUCUGACUACUAAAUAUCUGAAUUUUAUUAUGUUUUUAAUUAUUAAUCAUAUGGAACAUUAAAACUUUUAUUUAAUUUAAAACUUCUUCAAAAUUAUUAUAAAAUAUAUGCAUUAAAGACUACCAUAGAAAAAGUUUUAACUAAUAAGAAAUAUUAAUAACUAAUUCUGUGACAUCCUAUCUAGCUAGGACAAUAAAAUGGUAAUUUUUUUUUAAAUUGUGGUUAACAAUAUUAUAAAAAAUAUACCUAUAGCUUAAAUCAACUAGUUUUAACCUGCUGACUUAAAUGAUAAUCUUAUGUAUCAUAUUUUAACCAAAACAGAAUUUAUUUAUACCCUGCUUUCUAAAUUAGAAAUUAUUUAAAUAUGCUAAUUAUUUAAAUUUAUAAGAGUUUGUGGGUGUGUUAUUUAGUUAUAGUCUACUUUAAAUGCAUGCUGUUCAUAAAGAGAAGUUGAGGAUAGAUCCCCAGUGUCCUUUGCGUCCCUGUGACCUUUGCAUCUUUUGUGCUGUACUUUAAGAGUGCUUUUUAGUACAUUAGUAAUACAUUUACUGUGAUGACAGCCAUGAAGAAAUCACUGGAAUUGGUGCAGUGUUAUUAUUGUGUUUAAUGUAGGCAUCUAUAGUUAUUUUAAUCAAACUACAGCUGUUUUUUUUUGUUGUAUUAUUGUCAUUGUGUACAUUUUAGAAAGUGGGCAGAUAUUCUGCAUGAGUGAGCUAUUAUUAUUUUUAAAAGUUUUUCUCUGCAUGUGAUGAUAAGUAAAGAUAUGUUCUCUUAUUUCAGCUAAAUCUAAAGGUAUUAUUUUAAUUAAAAAUGCUAGCAAUUACUGCUUUCUAAAUAGAAAUUUUUAUUGUAAGUUUUCAAAAAAGCUAUACUAAAUUAUUUUAUCCAUUAUAUAUAUGUGGUAUGUUUUCUAAGUAGCAACACAAUGUUUUGACUAGUCUAUUGUUGUUUUUUUGUUUUUUAAAUAUAAAAAAAUCUUUAAAAUAAUUUUUAUAUAUUUUGGGGGAUAUAUGAAUAGUUAUCCAUGAAACUUUGAUUAAAAACUCAAUUAAUGAGGUAGGUAUGCAAAACCCAGAUGUCGAAAAUGGUUUCUUGACUAUUACGCAAAUGUCUUAUACUUAGUCAACCAGUGGUAACCACGAUAUGACCUAGUAAAUUCACAGUCAUAAUAAUAAGACUAACACUUUUUUCUUUUCAAAGUAUUAUCCUAGUCUUUCUUGCAAUUUUUUUUUUAAUUUGUGAUUGUGUGUUCUUCUAUUUCAAAUAAUAUAUUUUUUCUUCAAUAUUUCAAUAUCUUGGCCUAUAGUUUACUGUGAACAUAAAAAUUUCUUCUUAGAUGUGAAUUGCUAAUUUUUUACUUCUCUUUGGGCAGUGGUGGAGCUAAGGGAGAGGGUCCAAAUUCGAAAGUCGCCCGGGCCCCUACUUGAAGGGGGCCCCCAAAGGAGUGUCAGAAAUUUUUUUUACAUUAAAUAUUAAAUAUUACGCCGCUGCCAUGUAUCUUGCUAUUCACUUGUGCAUUAUCUCACAAAAAAAAAAACGGUAUUUUUCAUUAAAAGAGUCUUAAUGAUUAUUUUUGUCUUAAUUUUACUGAUAUACUGUACCAAUUUGAAUUUAGACUUACAUAUUUAUUAAGUACAUUAUCUCAUGUCAUAAAUUCAAAUGUCAAAAUGCAGGGCCCCUAAAAAGGCCAAGCCCCCCUCCCCCCGUGCCCCCAAAUCCCUAGCUACGCCACUGUCUUUGGGACACUAACAAUGCUAACAACAUAUUAUUUUAAUAAAAGGAAAGCAAAUAUAUUCCCUUGCUAUUGUACUAUUUUUAUAUCUCUAUCAACCUCAAACAUUUGUAUUAUUUUGAAAACCCUAACAAGAUAUCUCGACUUACAACACUGGAGUUGAAUUGGUAAAAUGGUUUGUUUAGUCUUCAGUGGAUUCAAUUUGUUCCAGUCUCUUAAAAUUCAAUUGGAGAAACCUUUCAAAAUUGUUAUUUCAACAAAAUGCUUAAUGAUGAAUUAUAGCCUACUUUACAGAGUUUUGAAAAAAGGUUAUAGAUAGAGCACCACUAUUUGUUUUAAUUUAAUAUUAUAUAUGUAGUUAAUUUUAUCAAAAUAUUGAUAUAUUAGUGCAUUAUAAAUAUAAUACACUCAAGAUACAGUGUUUAAAAAUAAAUAAUAAUAAUAAUAAUAAUAAAGUUUAUUUGAAAAAUAUGCUUCCUCCCCAAAAGCUCGAAGCGGGUUACAAAGUCAACCAUAUUAAAAAGAGAAAUAAAAACAAUCUAAAAUUUACCACAUUUAAAAACAGACGCAACAGUAAAAAAAAACUACAUACGAGCUUACCAAGUCAAAGUCUUUCACCCCAUUUCAACCAUAAGCAACACAAGCCAAUAUACAUUAACUGGUAAAAGAUGGUAGAUAACAUCACCCCAGAAGGUGUUUGCAAAAUAGAUGUGUUUUUAAAUCGGUUUUAAAGAACUCCAGUGUCUGAAUGUUUCUCAGAACGACAGGAAGGGCGUUCCAAAUUGUUGGGCCAGCAAAUGCAAAAGUGAGCCUUUCGUAAGUCUCAAGGCGAACACGCGUUAUUGAUAUUUUGCCACUAUCGGAUGAGUGGAGCUGUCUAGUGGGUACAUAAGGCGUCAUCAGUGCUUUGAGAUAGGAUGGCGCCAAGGAAACAUAAAAACAUCAUCAUAGAGAGGCUUAAACAAUGGUUUUAUAUUUAUUUAUAUAUUAUCCUUCAUGAUUUUAAGUAGAGAAAUGCUUAUUUAGCCUUAGUGCUCUUUACCCUUUGGUGGCUUGCGAAUCAUGUUUUUAUGACCUUAGUUAAGAUAAGAUAAGAUAAGAUUCUUUUAUUGAUCCAAAUAAAUGGAAACGUUUUUUGAUUGCAUUAUACAUUUUCAGCACAAAAAUAAAACAAUUUGAACACAAGACAUUUAUAAUUAAUUAUUUCAAACAGCCAUUCAGUGAGUUCUCUUAGCAAAAUCGGGGACUUAUUAGUUCUCAUUCAGAUGUGUGACUUCAGAGGAAGCAUGCCGGUAAAUUCGUACAGAUUGGGGAACAAAAGAAUUUUUAUAUCGGUCAGUCCUAGCGCUGAUGGAAAGAAUUCGUCCCGAACGGCCCGAUCCUAAGUAUCUAGGAUGAAGAGGGUGGGAUGUAUCAUCCAAAAUGUGUUUAGUUUUGCAUAAACAUCUUUCUUCAAAUAGUUCUUCAAGUGAAGGAUGUUUAGUUUGUGUUACGUUUCUAGCUUUCUUGAUUAGUCAGUUUAUGCAGUGUUUAAUAUCAGACGUUGAAUUCCCACACUAGCAGGUAAUACUGAAAUUAAGCAGGCUUCCAAUAGUUGCACUGUAGAAUAAGUUAACGACUUGCUUGUUUACGCCAAAAUUGUACAGUUUUUUGAGGUAGAACAGUCUUUGGUUGAAUUUCUUAUACAGGCUUUGGCCGUGCUCAUGCCAUGUUAGCUUAAUAUUAAUGGUGACACCUAUUAGUACUUAUAUGCCUCUACUUUCUCUACACUUUGAUUCUUUAUGUUGAGAUCUGUAAUCAGGUGUUUCCCCCUCCUGAAAUCAACAACCAUUUCUUUUGUUUUUGAGUUAGUUUCCUUAGCUAAGUUUACUCAAGAUUCAAUUAACGUUAAAGGAAAUGUUCAAAUGCUGUCAUCGAUUAUACUUUGUCCCAUCAAAUAUUCAGAAGGAUCAGAAGUACUGCAAUAUUAUUUAUUAUUAUUAUUAUUAGUGGUGGUUUUAUAUUGCGUAGAAUACCAGCUUAGGGCUGGGCUCACCACGCUGUGCAUACAAUUUAACAAACAUAAACAUGAUCUUAAAAAUUAACAUGAAUUAAACAAAAAAAAAAAAAAAACAAAUGUAAAUUCUCUACACACAUUCAAGAAAUAUUUACAUGUCAAGCCAUGAAUUGUUAUCCAGCAGAAUUUUUAUCUGUCAGAGGAGGGAAUCAAUCAGGAUAGUAGAGUUUAAAGAGAUGUGUUUUGUGUGCAGUUUUGAAGGUUGUGAUGGUGGGUAUAUUGCCAAUGUGUAGUGGAAGAGAAUUCCAUUGUUUGAGGGUACUAAAUGAGAAAUAUCGUUCACAGUAUGAUUCUGUGCGAGUCUUACACACCUUUUAGUUUACCACUCAUACCAAAAAGUUUGAACCAGAAAAUGUGAUGUAAUUAUUAUUUAUGUUGUGAAAGAUUUAAGACUGAAAAGAAUAUGAUUUAUUUAUGUAUCAUCAUCCAAAUUCUUGACCUUCUAAAACAGUUCUAGUCAUAAUCUUUUAUUACUUUUUUAUUUAAAUUUUUAAUUUUUUUAAACAUCAGUCUAAUUAUAUAAAAACCUAGAUAGGGCUUAUGAGCCCACACUAAACUAAUUGUUUAUUGUGAGCGAUUAGUGUGUGAAUUUAUUUAAUUUGUUAAGAACUUACUUAUUUGUUAAAAUUGUUUUACAAAUUUACACUUUUUCAGAAUCUGAAGUUGCUUCAGGACAGAUUAAAAGUAGAAAAGAUCUGACAUUUGACUUUGAAUACCCAGAGAGAGACCUUUUCAUCUUUGCCAUUUUUUUUAACAGACGAAAAAUGGCAGAUUUAUUUCUAAAAUUAGGUGUUGAUCAAAUCGGUAAUAUAAUUUUAUACUCUUAAAUAGUUACAAACAUUUGUUGGACAAAUAUUUCAAUUCAAAGAAAUUUUUCAAUUUAUGUCUCCUUAAAUUUGUUAAAACAUUUUUUUAAGAGAAACUUUUCAAAUUUAAACCUUUUAUUUUUUUCAAUAUCAUUUUUAAAGACAAGUUUAUUCCUUCAAAAUUGUAAGACUCUUAAUUACUGUACCACAGUUUUCCUUAAAAUAAUUCUUUAUUUCAAGCAACAGAAUUUGAUGUACAAAGCUGGAGGAUAAACAAAAGGAAAAAAAAAAUAUUAAAAAAAAAAAUGUAUCCCUGUAAAAAUAAACAAUAUCAAUUUUCUUUCUUUGUUUACAUUUUUAAAACCAGGCACAUCAUUGUUGGGAUGCUCCCUUCUAAAGGCUCUGUCAGUUAAAGCUGAGUCUUAUGAGGAAACUGCCCUCAGUAACAGCUUUCUGGUUCAUUCACAGUAAGAAAAGUUUUGUUUUAUCCUCAAAAUACACAUACUCACAUAAAUAAAUGACAUCAACUUGAAAAAGAUUGUAUCAUUUGCCUAGAAUAUUUUCAAAUCAUGUGUUAUAAAAACUUCCUUUAAAAUUUCUGAUAUCGAAAUUUUAUAUUUCUCAGAAUAUUAGAGAACUUUGCUAUCUCUGUUCUAAAUGAGUGCUACAUGCGAAGCAAACUUGAUGCUCACACUCUGCUGUACCGUGACAUGAAGCAGUUGGGAAAUAUUCCUAUUCUGGUGUUAGCAGAGAGGCAACAACUGAUGGACUUUGCUGAGCAUCCAGCUUGUCAAACCAAACUAACAAGUAUAUGGAAAAGUGAUAUCUCCCCACGGACUUCACAAUUAAUGGUAAAGAAAUACUAGAACCUGUAUCCAAAUCAAAGUAAAUAUCACUUGUCAUCUCUUUGGAUAAUUUUUUCAUUUAUUAUUGACUUCUCACAGUAUAUGGAAAAGGGAUAUCUCAAACCCAGAUUUCACUGUUAUGAGUAACCUAGUCAUUAGUUAUGUAUUAUUAUAUUUACUUUGAUGAGGUACAAACUCUAAUAAUCAUACUAGUUGCCCAUUUAAAGUAAAGAAUUACCAUACUUGUCAACUCAUACAAAAAAAACUUCCAUUCAUUUAUUAUUUUUAAUGUAUUUUAAGGCAAAAAAUAUAGGUUUUAGAAGUUUAUUCUUUUAAUAAUAAUAAAAUUCGUUCACAAAUUAGAUCAACCACAAUAAUUUUUCUGCAACCCAAAUCCCAAUAAAGUUUGAUAAUUGCUAUAGCUAAAGUAUUAAAAAAAUGCUUUAGUUAAAUUGACAAUGGACCAUAUUUUUAAGAAUUGAAAAACCUCCAAAAAUAUUUAAAAUUUAUUUCUAUUGCUUUGGAUGGGAUACUGUGGUUAUUUCUUCAGUCCCCCCCCCUCCCUACAUUGCAACAAAUUCUUUUAAUUUAUUCCUUGUCCUGAAAAUAAAGACUACUGAUAAAUUUUUCUGUAUGGACAAAGCACAUCUCUUUUAGCAUUUUUCCUUCAACAAAUGAAAUUCUUGUUAACAGAUUCUCUUGACCAGUGUCCUGCCUUUCCUUAUUAUGUUCAUGAAGUUCAAUGUACCUGACCACAAGUCUGCAAAAUCAAAUCAAGUUGAGGCUGUUGGAUCAACAUGCUUGCCAAGUUCCAAGAAACCUCUUAAAGAAUUAUCAAAGUUCACAAAGCUGAAAGAAGUCAAGGUCGGCUGUUCUGGAGAGAACAGACUUAAUGUUUUUAGGGCCCUGUAUAAGUUUUAUUCAGCCCCGGUGACAAAAUUUACAACCAAUAUAGUGAGUUUCUUUUAUAUUUGUUGAAUUAAAUAAAUUGAAAAGCUCUGUUAAAUGGUUUUAUGAGAUUUUAUUAUUUUCUUGUUAUAAAUGAAAGUUGAUGAUCAUUCAUAAAAUGUUGCUGAAAAUUUUAAUAAACUCCAUUAUAAAUUGGAACAUAAAAAUAACUAAAAGUGAAAAUGCAUAGUCUCAUUAUUGACAAGGAUUUUAUUUUUGCAGUUCAUGUUUUUUUUUUUUUUGUCUUUUUGUUUUGUUUUGAAGGGGUGGGGAUUUGCUUCGGAUGUAUUGGGAUGUGAUUGCUUAAUACGUAAUUGUUAAACUUGCUACUAGUAUAUUUGAAGAAAGAAACACCUUUUUUCAUUUUAAUGUUAUUGCUAUUUUUUGGGGGGUCACUCUGCCUUAUUACCAAUUGUAUUUCUACACCAACGCAUUCCUAGCUCCAUAUAAUGGCACAUAACAACACAUUCCUAGCUCCAUAUAGUGGCACGUUUUUUCCACCACCCCCUCACUAAAAAAGUGAGAUAUUUAAAGUCUAUGGCUACACCACCACCAAACUUAAGCAAAUUGCAUACUGCUUCCAAGAAAAAAAACAAAGAAGACAAAUAGACAAAGAUACUAUGCUCAAUGGCACAGCUAAUGUUAAUACCACCCAUGGUGGGCCAAGCUUUUUGCUGCCUCCCUUUCAUAAAAAAAUUUAAAAAACUCUUAAUGUGAUUGAAAAUGUCUCCCCUCACUAUGAAGAAAAAAGUGCUGUCAGUCUCCGCCUUUGCCACUGAUCAUAUUUCUAAUGGUGUUUAGUUUCAAGAUAUUUAAAGUUGAUAGACAUGAUUAAAAACUGCAAUACAGUUCCUAUGGUGUGACAGAUUAACUGGGUCUAGCAAAUUUCUCUUAGUGACUUUAUUAGAUUUAUUGGGGUUGACUUAAAUUGGCAAAUUUUUGUCCACGCUAACUGGCAAAAAUCCUUCCAAUUCCAUAUUAUUAUGAGCAACUUUUAACAUUUUUUUCUGGAAUUGUUUUUGACAGAUGGCUUACAUAAUCUUGUUGGGUCUGUUCAGCUACUUUCUUCUGACCAAUAUCCAGCCAGUGGGUGAACCAAACUCUCCAUCAGUUAUUGAAUAUAUUGUAUGGGCCUGGUUUGCCACAAUGUUUCUGGAGGAAAUCCGUCAGGUAUUGUUUGAGUAAUGAACUGAGAAUACAAUAAUUAACUAUUACCAUGUAAUAUUUUUUCAAUUCCUCAAUAAAUGAAGCACUGUCAACUGAAGUAUUUUUCAGAGAAGAUGGAGAUUAAAGAAUGAUAAUCUAUAUAUCAAGAUAUUAUGUAAAUUUUAAUUAAUGUGAAUGGUAUUAGCUACUCUGAUGUACAAAAUUGUGAAGAUUUUGGAGAAGUGAAUACAAACUAAAAUUGAACCACUUCUUAGAAAAGCCAAAUUUGGCUUUAGAAAAGUCUUUACACUCUGCCAAAUGUGUGACAAAGUUUGUGAAUAUCAACAACAGAUUCGUCUGGUAUUUGUCGAUCAAGAAAAAGCUUUUAACAAUAUGUACAGAAAUACGCUGUGGGAGGGGCUGGAAAUGUACAGAUUAAAAGUACAGCUCCUCUAUAACAUCAGGACACUCUUCUAUACCCUUGAUAUCCUUAAAAGUACCUGCCAUCUUUAUGGAAUGAAAAUUAGCAAAGCUAAGACUUAGUUCAGUAGGCUGAAGCCCAGAAAAAGUGGACAUAAUUAUUGACGGUCAGCUCCUGCUUCAAAGCCAGGAAUUAAAAUAUAUGGGAAGUAUUUUCACAGAGCAUAGAAAAAUGGAUUGAGAGAAAGAGACAAGAAUGUAGGGGGCAAAUGCAGUCAGCUACCAAAUUGCCCUGGUACUACUACUAAGACACCCAAAAAUAAAAAUGGAGGGCAAAGCAAGCCUAAUUAAAGCUGGCUUUAUUCCUGGUAUUUACUGACCAGUUUCAAAUUUUGGCUCUAAAUAAAGUAUUUAACAUGCCAGAUUACAUGUUUAAGACCAGCAGCUGGUAAAACAAGAAGGGACCGCAUUUCAAACCUAGAACUAAGACAAAUGGUUGGUCCUAAGCCAGUCAGCCAACAAAUUGCCCAACAACAAACUAAUGGUUUGUCCAAUUGGUCAGAAUACCUGUCAGCCAUCCUGAAUUACAAGUGUACAAUUGCAGGCCCUAUGGCUAAGGGCCAGAGAAAGACCACACCAUCAGUGGAUUAAUUGUGCUAAGAACACCCAAAAAAUCCAUAACAUGAAUCUCCAGCAGGCCUCAAACCUUGCAAGAAUUCAUCAGGUAAAAGCAGACUGAAGAAGAAGUUGUACUAAUGAAGACAUUGGCCAAAAAUUUAACAGUUUUGUUUUCAAAUAAUUAAAGCUUACAUAUACUGAUUUAUUUACACAAAAUGUUUUGCAUCUCAUUAAUCUAAUGAUUAAUGAAAUUUGGUUUUAUGCUGACCUACUUUAUUGAAUGUAAUUGAUUUAAACAUUUGGGAAAUACUAGUACAAUAUGUUUUUGUCAAUAUGUCAGGUAACAAGUACACAUCAGCGCUCCAUCACGUACAAAUUGUCAAGUUGGUUUGAUGAUUUUUGGAACCGUUUUGAUCUACUUACCUUCAUAUGCCUGGUCAUCUCCAUUAUUAUGCGCUAUCAACUUGAAAUGGACAAAUUUGUGUAUACACGGGUUGUGUAUUCCAUCACACUAGUUUUGACCUACUUGAGAUUUAUGCAGUUCUACUUUGCACAGCCAGACAUGGGGCCAAAAGUUAUUAUGAUUAGAAGGAUGGUAAGACUCUUAGAUUUUUAACAGCAUAUUUUAUCUUGUUAACCAUCCAAGAUGUUCUUUACACCAGAACAAUUUGCCACACUACUUUAGUCAUCUGCCUAAUUUUGUGUUUGAUUUUUUUAAAUAUUACAACAUAGAUAGGAUACUGGUCAAUUUUUUUCCAAAAAAUUUUCAAAAUUUGGGGAAUGCAUUAGACCAUUGGAAUUGUGAUAUGCAACUGAAUUUCUUUUUCUGUUUUGCUAGUUAUAACUGUGGUUGGUUGGGGUAUGGAAUGUAUUUAAUAUUUGGUGUGUUGAAGAUUUUACAAUACCAGGUUAUGUUUAUGUUCACUAAACAAUCUUUGGUAUUAUUCUUUACACUACAUAAAACAUUAUAUUUUUAAGAAUAAUUUACAGUGAUCACAAGAGCUUAUGAUAUAUCAUUUAUCACUAAAGUUAAGUCUACAAUUUUCUCAUUCUCUGAUUUUUCUUGUUGUUUUCUCUGCUGAUGUAAGGCUGUUAGCCAAAAUAUUCAUUUGAUUGUCCUGUUCUUUAUUUUGAAGCUUUCACAUAUCUCGUUCUACUAUUUCCUUCACACAGCUUGAAAGCAGUCCCUUACAUGUUAUGUUUGUAUUAACAGUCAUCAAGGGUUUUUAGGUUUGGAAUUUUAGAAUUUUGUUCAAUAUUUGGAGAAGACUUGGAAAAUCUCCAGGAAGUCAUUAAUUAACUGAUAUAAAUGAGACUUAAAUUCCUUUAUUUUUUUUGUUAAUUCUGAGUGCAAUAAUUGCUUAACGUCAAAGCUAAAAAUAAUAUUUUGUUUCACUCCCAAACAUCUCAUAAUUGGUAAGCAAAAAUUGCCUCAGCAAUAAAAUAUGAAUAAAUCUGUUCCUGCAACAUAUGUUCAGUCACAGAAUUUACAUUAUUUAAUGUAAAGUAAUAAAUAAUAACAUUUUUUCUUCACAGUUGACAGAUUUGUCAUUUUUCUUCUUCAUCCUUUUGGUGUUUGUGUUGGGCUUUGGUGUUGCCUAUCACAUCAACAUGUUUCCAAAUCAACCCUUGAGUUGGUCAAUUCUUUACACAGUCUUCUUGUACCCAUACUUCCAAAUCUAUGGAGAGCUUUUUUUGGAUGAACUUGGGGGUAAAAAAUAAACUCCUAAUCAUAUAAUCUUAAAUUAUUGUUUUUACUAUUUAAAUAUUAUUAUUUAUCUUGUAUGUUUAAAAUUUAUAAUGAUCUAUUUAUUUAUGUUGUAAUUAAUCUUAAUUAUGUUUUUUUCAAGUUUUGAAGAAUCUGCAAUAGAAAUAAAACCAGUGUUAAAAAAAUUGUCAUAUUCCCUCUAAUUGCAACUGUAGAAUGUUGCUACUAAAAGUGUUUUAGUUUUAAUUUACUAUGACUAUGCUAUUAUGAUUUAGUAAAAAAAUUAUUUUACAACUGAAAAACAAAUUGAUUACUUGGGAUUAUAAUAUAACAAGUAUCCAAAAUCCACAAAACUUAAUUCAAUUUAGCAAAUAUAGUUUCUUAGUAACAUAUUUAUUAAUAAAGCUAACCAAAAUUUGUCAAAAUAAAUUGAAAUUAAACAAAUUUUGCAAAAUAUAUCAAACUAGGGCUUAACUGGGUGCAUUUUUUUUUUACACCAGUGGCACCAACUUUUACUAAAAUGAGUUAACCACUCAAUUUCUUUAACACAUGCCAGCCUUUAAAAAAUAGGCCUAGGCAUAGUCCUACACCCCACCUGCUGGCGUUUAAAUAGUUGGCCUACAGACAAUCCUGCAUUUUACCUUUGGCUCUUUAUUGAUAAAUAUAAUAAAGAAAAAUUACAAUUUUUUUUUUACUAAGUACUAUUAAUAUAAAACAUGUUGAGUAGGGGAACGGAUGGCGUUAGUGAAAAGGAAGCAGGAUACACCAGCAGCAACAUAUAUAAGAGAUAGAGGCUAUAAUGUGGUUGUCAGAAAUUAUUGUAUUCUAAGUUUUUAAAUUAAUGAUAUUAUGUAGUAUACAUCAUUUAUACAAUUUUUUUUCACUCAAAUCAACAUGUUCUUUUACAAGAGGGUUUAACUUAUAGGUCUUGGUCCUCUUCAAUCUUUAGGAAAGAUAGCAGAUGGUGAUGGAUGUACUAAAAAUCAAACAAUUUGGUUAGAAGACCCAUCACAACGAUGCCCUGAAAAAAAUGCCAUUGUGUACAUCUUCUUAGCAGUUUACUUGGUGCUAACAAACAUCUUACUAAUUAAUCUCCUUAUUGCCAUGUUCAGGUACAUUUUAACCAUACAUAUUUUUUAAUUUAAUUUUUAUUUUUUAAAUUAAUACAAAUAAAAAAUACAUUUAACUUAGAAAAGUAAGUUUUAAUUUGAAUUGAACAAAGUAUAAAUGCGAGAAUCAUAUUAUAAUUUACUGAUUAGGGAUCAUUAAAAUAGGACUUUUAAAAGGUACUAAAUUAUUAUUCAUUUUAAAAUAAAUCUUCUUGAGUUCCCAAAGAAUUUUAUUUUAUUGGUUUCUCUCCUGUAAAAAUAUAUCAGUUACACUUUCCAAAAAGUACAAGAAAACUCGACAAAAGUCUGGCGUUUUUAUCGCAUCUCUCUUGUGUAUGAGUAUUUUGAUCGUCCAUCAUUGGUUCCGCCCAUCAUCAUAAUCAACCUGAUUUGGAGAAUGAUAAGGAGCUUCAUUCCUGGUUUGAAUGUUGGGACUCAUGUCAAAUUUGGUAAUGUACAUAAAGUUUAUAUUUUAUUCACUGAAUUUUUCUGAAAUAUUAUGACUAUGAAAUUUAGACUUUAUAUUUUAAUUUUCCUUAGUGAGGAUAUUGUUUUUAAAAUUACAGAAUUUAUUUGAACUCAACUUUUGACAUUCUGGGUUUAUUCCAGAAGUUGGAACUUAAAAUUUAAGACUGCGGUUAAUUUUGCACAGACUGCUGCUUUCUAAUCCCACACUGACUUUCUUCAAUGCAACCAUUGUACCACAGAGCAAACAAGCUCAUUAAUUGAUGUCAUAAAAACAGAAUCUUUACAGUAAAUGAAAAUUUAACAGAAUACAAUCAUUAUUUAAUGCUCUAUUACCACAUAUGAUUAAAUAAUUUUAUUAUUAUCUAAUUUAUAAUUCUGUUUUUUUCCUCUUAGGAGUGACACUUACCCAUGAUGCUAACCAAAGGCUGAGAUUAUUUGAGAAGUCUGCAGUGGAUGCCCACCUGGCCCAGUCAUCUGUAAAAGAGAGAGAACUCUUGGACUUUAGAGUGGCAUCAACAUCAGACAGGUUGGUUAAUAGAUUUCUUAUACUUUGAUGUCAUGAUUCAUUCAUUUCCCACCCAAUGCUCUAAAUGCAUUUGAAUGCUGUUAUGACAAUCCAAAUGUACUUAUUAGGCUUAAAAGAACUGUUAUAUUUUGCCACAGGUUGGAAUUGGUGAUGAGUGAUCUCCAAAAGAUCAAGGAGGCUGUUCAAAGUGGGACACAAAUAGAACUCAGACAAGGGAUCCCUGAUGGACCACACGAUCACAAUCUUCAAGAGACUGAUGCUUAAUAAAUAGAUUGAUGAAAACACUUAUGAUACUUGAUCUAGUUUCAUGAAGAAGUUUUUUACUUUUCUUAAAAUAAUUCUCAACAAGUUACUAGAAACUAGAAAUAAUUCGCAUGGUCUUCCUGUUUGUAUAUUUAUUUACAACUGUUAAAAAUGCU